ACAUGAGAACUAAUUUUAAAAAAUAUAAUCUGUUGAAAAUUUGAAAAACUUCAAGUGGUUGAAGAAAUUUGGGUAAAUUUAUUUAUUUAUUUAUUUAUUGUUCACUCGUGUGUAUCGACACUGUAUAAAAUUCAAGUAGUUUAAAAUAAAAAGAAAAUGUAGCAUUUGUGGAUACAAAAUAUUUUAAAUAAUCUUAAUUAUUUGAUUCUUUAAUAAAUAUUGGGUAUCCCGGAAGAGACGAUGUUAUUUCACAGAUAUAAACAAGAAAUUUCAUGCAUGCUAAAACUGAUUAACUGCGUUAUUAGAAUCUGUUGUAUACAUCCGUUUUAUUCCUUAGCAACCAUGACGACGGUUCUCCACGCUAAAUGCUUUCUUCUUGGUAGUUCAGCAAUUGGAAAAACUUCACUUUGCCAAACGUUUCAUAAUGACGGCACAAAUUUGUCAAAAAAUUAUAAUAUGACGACAAAUGUGGAUAUUGUUGUGAAAUCUGUCCGAGUUCCAGGCACCCGUUACAGUGUUGAAUUUAUAAUGUUUGAUACUCCAUCAAAAGAUUGUUAUUCAGAAUUUGUACAAAACUUUUAUUCAAAUGCCUCAUUAGUGAUAGCACUCUAUGACAUUACAGACACAAAAUCAUUUGAAGAAUGUAACAACUAUCUGGAACAAAUUCUUAAGAAAAACCCCAAAGGAUCUGUUAUUUGUUUUGUAGUUGGCAAUAAGACUGACCUGGAAGAGCAGCGGAAAAUAUCUAAAGAGGAAGGUGAAGGACUUGCCAGGAAAUAUGAAGCUGAAUUCUGUGAAUGCUCUGUGAAAGACAUGGUUAACAUCGACAACCCAUUCCAGCAUCUGGCGUUGAGUUUCACCAAGAAAUAUGAAGCUUCUUUAGAACAUUUCAGUAGUCUCACUUAAGCACACACACACGCACACACACGCACACACACAUACAUACAUACAUACAUACAUACAUACAUAAAUAAAUAAAUGGUGAUUGCCACUCUUUUACAGAAGAAUUAGUAUAUCCUGUGAUAGGAUUUCCUAUGAAUUGGAAAAUCCGGCUUUGCAGAUGAUCCAAACAUCUUCAAGUAGAAAAGUGUCUGGGGUUGAAGUCAAAUCCUGUUUAUGAUUUGUGAUAUCUACAAGGAUAUCGCCUACACAUACACACACAUAUUUACAGAUGAAUUUUUCAAAGAACUUACUGGCAGUGACUUCAAAGUUUUGGAUUGCCUGCCUCCAUAGACUGUCUGAUGAAGACAAACUAGCCAAAAUUUUGAAGAUGCUGUCUACAAAAUUUAAUAAAUGUUUACUCUACUGAAAAAUACUGAGUAAAAAAUAUUUAACAGUAAAUUUUCCGUUUAAUGUUAA